AUGUCGACCCUCGAAGAGCUCGAUGACCUCGACCGCCAGGAGAAGGAGGACAAGAGAAGAAACAAUGGCAAGAAGGCCACCGUCACCGAUGGAGACGACGAGAUGAAGGAUGCGGAGGAGAAGGACGACAUCCUCGACGACGAAAUCCUGAGCCUGAGCACACAAGACAUCCAGACCCGGAAGCGACUACUGGAAAACGACUCUCGGAUCAUGAAGAGCGAGCUCUCGAGGUUAACACACGAGAAGGCUGCCAUGGGCGAGAAGAUUAAGGAGAACCAGGACAAGAUUGCAAACAACAGACAACUUCCGUACCUGGUUGGAAACGUUGUCGAGCUGCUAGAUUUAGAUCCCACCGCGGAGUCUUCCGAAGAGGGCGCCAACAUCGAUCUCGAUGCCACGCGGGUGGGCAAGUCAGCAGUCAUCAAGACCUCCACGAGGCAAACCAUCUUCCUGCCGCUGAUUGGUCUUGUUGAUUCCGACCAGCUCAAGCCGGGCGACCUGAUCGGUGUGAACAAGGACUCGUACCUCGUUCUGGACACUCUGCCAGCAGAGUACGACAGCCGAGUCAAGGCCAUGGAGGUUGAUGAGAAGCCAACGGAGCAGUACACCGACGUUGGAGGUCUGGACAAGCAGAUUGAAGAGUUGGUGGAGGCCAUCGUAUGGCCCAUGAAGGAGGCAGAGCGGUUUAAGAAGAUUGGCAUCAAGGCACCCAAAGGUGCUCUGAUGUACGGACCCCCCGGUACCGGCAAGACUCUCAUGGCCCGAGCCUGUGCAGCCCAGACAGAAGCAACCUUCCUCAAGCUUGCAGGACCUCAGCUUGUGCAGAUGUUCAUCGGAGACGGUGCCAAGCUGGUGCGUGACUGCUUCGCCCUAGCGAAAGAAAAGGCUCCCGCAAUCAUCUUCAUCGACGAGCUCGAUGCCGUCGGUACCAAGCGAUUCGACAGUGAGAAGAGCGGCGAUCGAGAAGUGCAGAGAACCAUGCUGGAGCUGCUCAACCAGCUGGAUGGCUUUGCAUCCGACGACCGCAUCAAGGUUUUGGCCGCCACCAACCGAGUCGAUGUGCUGGACCCUGCCCUCCUGCGAUCUGGCCGUCUGGACCGAAAGAUUGAGUUUCCCCUGCCAAACGAAGAGGCCCGAGCCCAGAUUCUCAAGAUCCACUCUCGCAAGAUGAAGGUCGACCCCGGCGUCAACUGGGGUGAACUGGCUCGGAGCACGGAUGAGUUUGGCGGUGCCAUGCUGAAGGCUGUGUGCGUCGAGGCCGGCAUGAUUGCUCUGCGGUCAGGGAAGAACCAGAUUGGCCACGAGCACUACGUCGACGCCAUUGCCGAGGUGCAGGCCAAGAAGAAGGAUUGUACAGCCAAGCUGCGAAACAAGCCAUCACUUCUAGCGGGAAUACAGUCACGCUUCAUCAUGUGGCGCCUUCGCGAUAUCCUCGUCGUGGGACUCGCCGUGUCGGGGGCGGCAGCCAGCAACUGGUUCCCCGGCCACAAGACUGUUUACAACAAGUGGCAUGAGACGGAGCUUGAGCGCUGGCUCUCGGACCAAAACAUUCCCUAUCCGGCUCCGGCCGACCGCAAGGAUCUAGAGGAUCUCGUCUCGAAGCACUGGAACAACUACGUCGUCGAGCCCUACAACAGCUGGGAUGUUUCUCAGCUGAGCGCCUAUCUGCAGUCCAAAGGCAACGAUGUGGUAAAGGGUGCCCAGAAGAACAAGGAUAGUCUGCUCUCUCAGGUCAAGUCCAGCUGGUAUGAGACUGGGGAUUCCGCCAACUCGGCGUGGGCCAAUUCCAAGGAUUGGAUUCUCGAUACCUGGACCGAUUCUCAGCUCAAGGCGUUCUGUGACAAGCACGGCAUUCCUGUUCCCCAGCCGCGUACCCGUGAUACUCUUCUUCAAAAGGCUCGUGAGGCUUACCAGACGGUCGCUGAAAAGGCUGGAGAAACCGCUGCCUAUCCCGGAGACUGGCUGUACGCUACUUGGUCUGAGUCUGAUCUCAAGGAGUGGCUCGAUACCCACGGCUUCCCUGCCCCUCAGCCAACCACCCGCGAUAAGCUGGUUGCCUCGGUCCGCCGCAACUCUCGUCUCGCCUAUCUGAAGGCUAAGAGCGAGUCUGACAGUGCUGCUGCCAAGAUCCAGUCUACCUAUGACUAUCUGACUGACACCAUCAUUGACGCUUGGAGCGAGUCCCAGCUCAAGGAGUUUUGCGACAAGAACGGCAUCCCGGUUCCUCAGGGCACCAAGGUCAAUGAGCUUAGGGCUCUCGUUCGAAAGCACCGCGCUGACCUCCUGGGCGAUACCGUCACUGCCACUGCCAAGUCUGCCUUUGGCGCCGCUACUUCUAACGCUGCCAACCAGUAUGCCAAGGCAACUGACAGUGCUUCCCUUGCCGCUCAGGAUGCUUUCGACCAGGCCAUCAACAAGUGGUCCGACACCCGCCUCAAGGCGUAUCUGGAUGCCCGUGGUGUUCCCGUUCCCCAUGCCAGCAAGACUGACGAACUCCGAGCCCUCGCUCGGAAGCACUCUCACAAGGCUGCCAGCGGCUGGCAGGCGUGGACAUUUGACGACUUUAGCUACGACAACCUGAAGAACUAUCUGUUGGAGAACGGCAAUGCCGCCGCCAAGGCCGCCGCCAAGAAGAAGGAUGCCACUCGCGAGGAGCUUGUCAGCGCCGCGCAGUCUGCCUACUCGUCUGCUUCAUCCGCCGGUGGCUCCCAGUACGCCUCUGCCACUAGCUACCUUGCCUCCGUGACGGCUGCCGCCAAGCAUAACGCCUUUGACACCUGGUCGGAGAGCGAGCUCAAGGCCUACCUCGACAGCUACGGAGUCCCCGUUCCCCAGGGCUCCAAGAUUGACGAGCUCCGCGCCGAAGCACGCAAGCAGUCCACCUACUUCCGAUAUGGCUCCUCAUCGCCCGGAGGCACCGUCCUUGCUAAGCUCGGAGAGACGGCUCGCGAGGGCUGGAGAUGGGUCGCCGAACAGCUGCACCUUGGCAGCGAGGUCGCUCGUAAGGAGGCUGCCGAGGCCUCGGCUGAAGCCAAGAAGCAGAGUGAGAAGCUGCGAAACGAGCUGUAA